AUUUCGAAAUUUAGAAUUUUAGAGAAACUGUGUGAGUAAGUUUCAUUUUUUGUGGUUACUCAUCAUUUUAUCAUGACCCAUGUUGCCAUGCACUGGACCUGUUGUUGGUACUGAAGACUAACGAAGAGUUUAAAAGAUUUAUGUUCGUUAUUAAGUGGUUGAUUAGACAUUUCAUUGCUCUUUUGAAGGAUAUCUUUGGGUAAAUGAAAAGUUUAUGUUGGCUUAUCGGUUUGGCGAAUGGUUCGAUAGCCUCGGAUGAUCGUGUGGCCCUUUGGACUCCAUGCAGCAUUGGCGCAGGGUCGUGAUUGCUGUCUGUCAGAUCGGCACCGUUUAUUCACUUUACUGGGUUCAGCGUGGUUAAAUCUUCGCUGUUAUUUUGCGUGAUAGCGUUUUUGUAAAGUGCGUUUAUUCAAACCACAAAAAUGAAGUUCGGAAAGACAGCGCGACUACUGUCCAUGUUGGGCGUAACAUUCUCCUUUUUCCUGGUGGAAAUCAUCGUGGGAUAUGUUACACAUUCCAUGGCAUUAAUUGCUGAUUCAUUUCAUAUGUUGAGCGAUGUCAUGGCUCUACUUGUGGCGUUCCUGUCAGUGAGGAUCUCAAAACGAAAGAGUAGUAAAAAUACAUUCGGAUGGGCCCGUGCUGAAGUACUGGGCGCUUUGGUGAAUUCGGUGUUUUUGCUGGCUCUGUGUUUCUCCAUCUUUGUGGAAGCCAUCGAACGAUUUCAUAUGGAGGUGAAGAUUGAAGACCCAAAACUGGUUCUAAUUGUGGGAUGUUUGGGAUUGGCGGUCAACCUGAUUGGCCUUCUACUGUUUCAUCAACACACGCAUUCACAUGGUGACGGUCACAGUGGAAUUAACCACGGCGACAAAGGCCAGCAUGACCAUGAAGCGCAUACGGUUAAAAAGGCUGGACGGGAUCGAAAAAAGUGCGACGAUAUUAAGUGCGCAGAAACGGAUGGGACGGUACCGGAAGCUGUCCACCUUGUCAACCAGGAAGAACACGCGCACAAUGGACCUACAGGGUUAGAUGCGGCACUGGAAGAACCGCUUCCAGAACCUAGAAUUGCGAGCAGCUCACAGCUGAACAUGCGAGGCGUUUUUCUCCAUGUUCUGGGUGAUGCCCUUGGAUCUGUAGUUGUGAUAAUCUCAGCGCUCAUUAUAUGGCAUACGGAUUUCCAGUACAAGCACUACAUUGAUCCAGCCAUGAGCAUCGUGAUGGUGUGCAUUAUUUCCUAUACAACAAUUCCUCUUUUAAAAGAAUCCGCAAUGAUUCUGAUGCAAACUGUUCCCACCCACAUUGAAAUUGAGGACAUUAAAUCCCGACUGCUGAAGAUCGAUGGGGUCUUAGCCGUGCAUGAGCUGCACAUUUGGCAGCUGGCCGGUGACCGCAUCAUAGCGUCCGCACAUAUCCGCUGCCAUAACCUGCAGGAAUAUAUGCGUGUCGCCGUGAAGAUCAAAAGAUUCUUUCAUUGUGAAGGCAUACACUCCACGACGAUGCAGCCGGAAUUUGAGGAGCCGCCGAUGGAUGGUGCCGGCACAGAGGACGAUAUUGUGCGUUCCACCAUGUCCACAUGUAUUUUACCCUGUCCCGCAGAUAAUAAAAGCUGUGCGACGAGCGUAUGUUGUAUCAAAAAUGGACCGGUUGCUGUGAUUACAAAGUCAGGGAGUGGGGAUGAUAUGGUCAUGCGAGCUAGAAUGCUGGAAAAUGUCCUUAAUUCGGAAUCAAGAAGUGGAACAGAGGAGAACCGUCGCGUAACGCCAGAUCGACCUCCAAGUUUGACACUGUCCGACGGAAACUGGUCGCCCGCACCUCAAUGAUUUUGGUGGUGCACCACCCGGUUUUUUUAAAGAGUCCUAAUGUUUCGUUGUGGUAUACUUCGUCCGUAUAAUUAUGAUUGUCUUUACCGUGAUGUGUAUAUAUACUGUUCUUCUGGUACCGUUAAAGCCGAAGAUUUCUUUGAUUUUUUGUCGUUUCCUAUUGAUCGUCCUUCGUUUUUGUAUUAUGUGCAGCCUUGUAGGUACUGCUUUUCAGGUUUAAACUGCCUGCUUGGUAUUUAAUUAUUUAUUAAGUUAAACGGUACACUGCUAUGAAAUUACUCUUUUUCUAGGAAACAAUGAUUUAUUGUUUUUAACUGACUUAUGUCACAGGAAUACAAGACCGACUAAAAGAAUGCCG